ACAUUUUGCUACCUACAAAUCGAUGUGUGAUUAUUUGGAGUUGCAGUAGUGUGUGCAGUGGUGUUUACGGUUGCAGUUUCUGGUUUCUAUCGAGGGUGAAGUUCGCGCUUUUCAAUUAACUCUCGAACCUUUCUCUUUCUGAUUUUUCCGAAAGUUGCGAUCUCUGUUUCAACUCUAAAAUAAACAGACAAUUUUUAUUCAUCGCUUGGGGAUUAUAUCGCUUCUGUGUUUCCAAAACAAACAAACUUGUUGCCAUGUAGGGUAUUGGCCUCGCUCGCGCAAAAUGGCGAUAUAAAUAGAAUUUUGCCCUACAUAGGGUGUUUUACGCAUUUUUUAAGACUGUCGUAGCAGGUUGAAGUAAACAGAUUUGAGCAUUUUAGAGAAUUUUAAGUGAUAUUUCUUUUUAUUGAAACAAGGAGUGAAUAAAUAUUAAAUGAAACGAUUUUUUGUCAAUGAAUAACUGAGAUUCCAAAAUGAAUUUUGGUUUCAGUAGUUUCGAUUUACAAAAAUGCAGCGUUGUCCCUAUCUCUACGAGAUGAAAGAAAGACUGCUCGAGGACACCAUUCCUAUGAAAAUAAUCAUGCCCAAGGAAGUACCGCCGCCAUGUCCUCCUUUACCAAAGGACCAACAACCACUUAUCAUUCAACAAAAGCCUGUAGCGACUAUAGUUAAAAUCGAUAAUGCAGGUUAUACACACACCACCCCGAUGCACUGCACUGCCGAACAAACUCCUCUCGUCCCAGAAAAGCAAGAAAGCAAAUUCUUUCCCAUUUGUCAGAAGAUUUUUCCCAAAAAUGCGAAGACGUCCUUGUUUAUUGUAACAAGCUUCGUUUACGCCAAGCUCCUAGUAGUCAUAUGCAUCGCCUACGUCAUCUCCCACAUAGUAACGCACAACAUACCCCUCUAUUACUACGAAGGCUUUUUUACGUACCUCUACGGUUUGAGUAUCCUCUUUCUACUCUACGUUUUCUGUUUCUUGCUACAGGAAAGUUCUUGUUGUUCCGGAAACGAAAAGCAGCCGAAACCGGUACCGAAAAAGAACGGCAAAGAAAAGGAUGUAAAGAUUAAAAAAGAAAAAGAGAAGGAGGAGAAAGAUAAGAAGAAGAAAGAGGCCGAGGCACAAAAGAAGCAGAAAAAGAAGGAAAAAGAUAAGAAGGAUAAAAAACAGGAGAAGCCGGAAGAAUCCAACCAGCCAAUUUCUGUACAAUGGCAAUUUGAUGCGAGCACCUACCGGCGCAACUCUGAAGGGGUGGUUGACGCAGGCCUGGCAGCCGUGCCUGUGCCUGUAGAAGAAAUUACUCAAUCUCAAGCUGCUACUGUUGUAUCGCAGGAACAGCCUCCUGCCGCUCCUGCCGCGCCCGCCGCCACUGGUGGUUCAGCUACUCAGCCCGCUUCUCGUCAGUCGACUCCGGCUGCCGAUGCAGAAGCAGGUGAGUCCAACUCGGAUUCGAAGAGUAAAUGCAAGCGCAAGACUUCGCAGAACGACCAUAGCCAUGGAAGUUUCUUUUUGAGGAUUGGAGCUAUCGCUUUUGGAUUAGGAACGAUGAUUUAUAUUGGUUUAGAAUUUGGAGGAUUUUUCGAGAUACCAUUCAAUUCUCCGUGUUACAUGAUUCUCAGAGGAGUAAAUCCAACGCUACAAAUGAUUUUCACCUUCAUGCAAAUGUAUUUCAUCUUUAUGAAUUCGAGGUUAAACAUUCAUCGAUUUAAAGUAAUUGCACGAUUUGGUUUAAUGCAUAUUGUAGCCACGAAUAUUUGUGUAUGGAUUCGAACUUUCUUCAUCGAAUAUUUGAAGGAUAUUACGAAGUACCAUGUAAAAUACUUCAAUGCCACCAAUUCAUCGGGCGAAGCAUCAUUAGGAGAAAGCAUCAAAGCUCACAAUCUACGGAAUGCCAACACCGUACUUGGAACACAUAGAGCAGUACCAGACAAAAUUCUGGAAACGACUACUAGUUUGCCGAUAACCACUACAAUUACAUCCUUAUUCAGUCGAUUUAUUACAACGUUAAGACCAGUUCCACGCAAUCCCAACCCCUGGGCUUUCCCAUCACCAACGCCAGAAAAACACAUCCCCGCAAAUUUAUGGAAGAUGAUGCCAACCACCCCAUCAACCACAACUACAACUACAACCACAACUCCCUUUCCAACCACACCCAGAUACUUCGGGAGAACUACGGUAGCUAGGGUUUGGAGAGCUAUAACGACGAGUUUUACAUCUACAACAACCACAACUACCACAACCCCUAGCACUACUACUCUCUUUACUACAACCAGUACAACGACCCCUAGUACCACUGUAAGAUCAACCUUCACCACGGCUGCUAGCACGACUAUGCCUACAACAACUGUUUCAUCAACAUUCUCUUUCCAAAACUUCUUCGAUUCUAGUUUAGUGCGCAGCAUUACUGCUGACAAUAUAAACAGUGCCUCUGAAGAUAAAACUGUUGAUCUCUUUCCGGAAAUUAGUAAUACAGUCGCUAACAAUGAAACGGAAUUUCUGAACGACAUCAUUCCACAAGCAUUUUCGUUUACAUCAUCUUACAACCGAACAAGCAACAACUCAGAUUAUUGUGGGAGACUGAAUAUUAUGGGAACAAUUGUAGAAGAUGCUGGACCUUAUCUUUAUCCAUUUAUCAUAGAAUUCUCUCUUAUUGGAGCAGCUGUUAUUUUCGUCAUGUGGAAGCAUAUUGGAAAAAAUCCAAAGUACGUAAACCAAGAAAAUUUGGAACAUCGACUGGAAAUAAUGCUGUCUCGUAGAGCCGUUGCAUUGGCGCAAGCUCAACAACAUGGACGGGUCGACUGCGUUGGAGCCUCGAAAGGUCUUUUCUUUGGAUUGCUCAUGCUAGUGGGAUCUUUAAUUUGCCUGAUUCUCUUCUUUGUACUGGUUUCGAACAAUACGUUUAGAGUUUUGGCAGUCUACUUGGCUGAAGUAUCGCAUUGUGCUUUAUUGGUGUUGAGCAUUAUAGCCAUAUUGAUUGGAUUUAUUAGGGUAAAGUCUCUGAAAUUUAAGAAAGAAGAACAAAGCGACUUAAACGACAUUCUGUUAAGAGUAUCAGCAUUUGGACUAUUUUUGUAUGCAGUUUUUAGUGUGAUCGCUGGUCACCUUAAUGCCUUUUCCCAGGAAGCUAACUUACUUGCAAUGGUUACAGGAAUUCUUGUUGUUUUACAGGUUAUCCUUCAACUGCUCUUCAUCGCAGACGUGUCCCGUCGCAGAGUUCAUCUCCCGGAACACGACAGAUCUAAACCAGGACGUCAAGUGGUCACUUUCUUAUUGAUUUGCAAUAUUACUAUCUGGAUUAUUUACACGUUUGAAAUGAAAAAAGUAGAAGAAAAUCCGGUCCAACUGAAAUAUUACGGGUACUUGACUUGGGCCAUGGUUCAAAGGCUGACACUGCCACUUUGCAUUUUCCACAGAUUCCAUUCAGCUGUAGCCCUAGCCGAAAUCUGGAAGACUAGCUACAAACCACGCCUCGAGUGAAGAGGUGUUAGAUAAACAAUCUUUAAUUAUUAACUAAUGACAUUUUCUCAAAACUCUUGAGUUAGAUUAUCCCGGCAAACACACAGAUAACAUUUAUUAAGAGCACUGAUAAGAGAUAUGUACAAAGGAUAUUAAUAUAGAAGCUUUUAAGUAAUUUACACCCUCCACUUCAAGUUUUUCCAUAAAACUACCAAAAUUAAAUUAUUUUGCUCAAUUUUAAUAAAAAAAUACAUUUGAAUCAUUUUAAAGUAAAAAAUGCUCAAUGAUGUUGUGUACUGAAACAAUCAAAUGAUUUUAAAUCUAAAAAUGUCUAAGCAUUUUAAAUAUUUGGAAAUAUUUUGUUGAUUAAAAGAUUUUUAUUGAAAAACUUGGUGUAUACAAAAAGAAUUAAUCGUAAAUUUAAAGUCUGUCUAUUUAUAAGAUUUGUAUAAGUAGUAUAUUAUAAAAAAUUUAUUAUAUUUAACGAUAAGAAUGUAGAUUAUUAGAUGAAUAUACGGUCGAGUAACGAUAUUAAUAGAAAUAGGACAUAUGAGCAAUAUGAAUUUAGUGUAAAACAUUAUGGAGAUACAUAUAAACCAAAAAUAUACAAUGUUAUACAAAAAAAAUGAUUGAAAAAUUGAUCACAAAUACAGGAUCACCACAGGAAGAAAUAAAACGUAGAUGUGAUCUAGCAAAAGUCGCCGUAGGAAAGAUGGUAAAAAUAUGGAAGGACUCUCACAUUUCACGAACUCUAAAUAUGAGGUUGAUCAAUUGCAUAAUAUUCCCAAUACUGGCAUACGGAUGUGACCCUAAGGCAGGUGGAAUUAAGAAAAAUGGAUGCUACUGAUAUUGCUCUAUUGAAGAAAAACGUUACGAAUUCCAUGGACUGACCAUAGGACACAAAAUAAUCCCAUUUUAAAUUAACUAAACGUCAGCAAACGUAUCUCCAGAAGUCCAUUUCCAACAAUUAAAAUAUUUUGGACUGUUAUGAGAGAAAAGAAGCAAGAAUGGAUGACAGAUAAAAUAUUGCAGAUGAUGGAAGAGCGAAGGAAAUUAAAAGGUAGAAAUGACAAUGAAUACAAAAAGUUGCAUAAGAGUAUACUAAGAGAAAUAAAAGGGGCAAAAGAAGCAUGGCUGAUGGAGAAAUGUACAGAAAUUGAAACACUACAAAGCAAACAUGACGAUUUCCAUAUGCACAAAAAGAUUAAAGAAGUACAGAACAUCAGAAAACAACGCAAUAGAGGCAUAGUCGUAGACGUCGAAGGUCAAAUUUUGACUACAAUUGAAGAUAAAUUAAGAAGAUGGAAAGAAUAUAUGCAAGAAUUAUUCGAAGAUGCUGCACGAAGUCCGUAUUAAAUAGACAAUCCCUAUGGCCCAGAAAUAACAAACGAAGAAGUAACUAUGGCCAUUAAGCGGAUUAAAGAUGGGAAAUCACUAGGACCUGAUGAGGUGCAUGGUGAAAUUUUAAAGCUAUUAGAGGCACAACAAAUUACAGCUCUUACGAAGUUAUUCAACAACAUAUACGAGACUGGUUACUUACCAAAAGACUGGCUACUAUCAAUAUUCAUUCCACUUCCCAAAAAAGCCAACGCUAGAAAAUGUAAAGAACAUAGAUUAAUUAGUUUGAUGAGCCAUGUACUUAAAGUACUCCUUACUAUCAUUCACUCGCGCAUAUACACCAAAUUAGACGAACAGCUGAGUGAAGUUCAAUUUGGAUUCAGAUCAGGACUCGGAACGAGGGAAGCACUUUUCAGCUUGAAAGUUCUAAUACAGAGAGCCAGGGAUGUCAAUUGCGAUGUAUAUGCAUGUUUCAUAGAUUUCGAGAAGGCAUUUGAUAAAGUCCCACAUGGAAAACUAAUCGAUAUCCUAAAAACAUCAGGACUCGAUGGUAAGGAUAUAAGACUCGUUUCAAACUUAUAUCUCCAACAAAAAGCAACAGUUCGAUUCGAAAAUGAACUGUCCGAAAUCUUCACGGUUGAAAAAGGAGUCAGACAGGGUUGCAUACUGUCACCAACAUUAUUUAACAUAUACUCUGAAAAAUUCUUUAGAGAGGCCUUGGACGAAUCAGAAGAUGGUAUUGAAGUAAAUGGACAACUUAUAAGUAAUAUUAGAUAUGCAGACGAUAUAGUAUUGCUGGCGGAUAGUGCGCAGGGGCUCCAAAGGAUCAUGGAUAAUGUAGAAGCAUGUAACAAAUACGGCCUAAAACUAAACUGUAAGAAGACAAAAAUAAUGAUCAUUAGUAAAAACACCAACAUAAACGCCCAAAUUACAGUAAACAAUACACCUCUAGAGAGAGUACAGAAAAUAUGCUACCUGGGCUGCAACAUUAAGGAUACUUGGGAUCAUAGCUACGAAAUAAAAACUCGUAUUGAAAAAGCCAGAAGCUCUUUUAACAGUCUUAAGAAAAUUCUCUGCAACUUGUCUUUAAGUAUCAAUAUACGCAUAAGAAUUCUUAGAUGUUACGUCUUUAGUGUCCUCCUAUACGGAGUUGAAAGCUGGAGCCUGACAUAAGAUGCCAUAAAACGGUUAGAGGCGUUUGAAAUGUGCUACCGAUGUAUGUUGAGGGUCUCAUAUAUACACCACACAACUAAUAUAACUAUUCUCCAGAGGCUAGGAAAAGACAAAGAAAUAAUUAACACCGUAAAGAACAGAAAAUUGGCUUACUUCGGCCACAUUAUACGUAAUGAAAAAUACCGACUGCUGCAGUUGAUUCUACAAGGCAAGAUUGAGGGCAGGAGAGGCCCUGGACGUAGACGUAUAUCCUGGCUGGCCAAUCUUAGGAAGUGGACUGGUCUAACGUCAACUGAUCUAUUUCGAGCUGCCGUAAAUAGAAUAAGAUGGGUCAAUGUGGUCGCCAACAUCUCCAGAAGAUAGGCACUUUUAGAAGAAGAAGUUAUGAGAGCAGACACAGAAAACACGGAAAGCCUUAGCCAAGGAAAGUUAGAAGCCCGAAGAUUACGAGGAAGAUCGCCAAUAAGAUGAAUUGACCAAUGUACAGGAAUAUCCAAAGAAACAAAUGCAUGAGUUAACAGAAAUGACCAGAGACAGAGAUCUUUGGAGAGGGACAAUACACGACAUCACCAUGUCCACUACAUUCCCUCCAGGGUAUCAGGACUCAAAUGAGAGAUAUACAAACAAAGAUCAAUUUUUGCCCUAAUGUAGACGAUACGUUUGUAGGUACAGGUGUUUCUAUAGAAACUUAGACGGUAUUAGUCCUUCCUGAGUUUUCUAUGGGAAAACAGAUGAGUGAAUUUAGGGUUUUUCAAAUCAAAAUUAUGGUAUAUGGGCUCACAAUGCAAGGUAAAAUUAAGGGUAACAGUCCCAUAGGAAGACGAAGAAUUUCCUUGUUGAGAAACCUAAGAGAGUGGUGUAGUUGCAGCUCAGUAGAACUUUUCAGAGCAGCUGCCAAUAAGGUACGGAUAGCUGUGAUGAUAGUUAACCUCCGAUAGGAGAAGGAACUACAAGAAGAAGGAAUCAAAAUUAAGGGUAUUAUGGAAUAAAUUAAUCCUAAAAGGCUCGAAGAUCUUCAAUUCCUAAUAGAUCGAGUCUUAACAUAAAUGCAACAAAGACAAAGUUACUUGUGGUUAGUAAACAAGACGUCGGCCCUAUGCAACUAAUUGUCAGUGAUGAAUCAAUAACAAAAGUUAACCAUUUUAAAUACCUAGGAUGUUGGAUAAACGAGACACUAAAUCCGGAUGAAGAAAUUAAAACUCGUAUAGAAAUUGCAAGAGGAGCAUUUAUGAAACUUAGAUAUAUUCUGAGCAACUCUCAGCUGAACUUACAACUAAGAAUCAAGUUCCUAAAAUGUAAUGUGUAUCCUGUAUUACUAUAGGUAUGGAUGUGAAACCUGAAUCAUGACGGUUAACAUGAUGAACAAAUUAGAAGCCUUUGAGAUGUGGUCGUAUCGUAGAAUGCUCAGAAUAUCUUGGGUUCAACGCAUUUCAAACAGAGAAGUCUUAAACAGAGUAGGUCAAGGCGAAGGUGACUUAAUGAAGAUGAUAAAAAAGAGAAAACUUGAAUAUCUGGGGCAUAUAAUGAGAGGUAGCAGAUACAGGAUGCUGCAGUUAAUACUCAAUGGAAAGAUCGACGGAAAAAGAGGAAUUGGUCGAAAGAAAUAUUCAUGGCUCCGAAACCUUCGUCAAUGGACUGGCUUAUCAGCAGAUCAAUUGUUACAUGCCGCACAAGAUCGAAAACGAUAUCGGCAAAUUGUUAUGGAAGCUACCCACGCCUAAAAAUUUGGGCACGGUACUUAAAGAAGAAGAAGAAAAGGCUCACCCGAGAAAUGAAUUCCAUAUCACUCAGGACUGUGUUACUGUAAUGUAACAGUUAUGUUAAAGUCAGAGUUAAUGUUAAAAUGUUAAAGCUAAAAUCCGAAAAAUUUACAAAAACGCACAUUGUAUCUAUUGUUACACGGAUCAAUUUAACAAAUUAUUACAAACUGAAUUGUUAAGCACUCUUAGUGUGCGCAGAUUUUUUGGCAACAUAGGCUGCAUAUCGGCAAUACAAUGUCAAUGAAUGAAAUCAUCAAAAGCGACAACAAAAAAAAAAUAAGAGCAAAAACAUUCAAUAUGACAAUUUCAUCUCAGAAAACUAAAACAAUAGUAAUCAAUAAAGAAACAAAUAUGUGCAGAAUAGAAAUUGAUGGCAUCAGUAUUCAACAAGUAAUGGAAACAAAAUAGCUUGGAAUUACACCGUUUAGCUACGGAGACCUGAACAAAGAAGUGAGAAAUCAAGUACAAAAAGCAAAUACACUGGCAGGAUGCCUUAAUAACACUAUAUGACGAAACAGACAUAUUUACACUGAGAUAAAGCCGAGAAUUUAUAAAGCCAGUGUAAGACGAAUAAUGACAUAUGCAACAGAAACAAGACUCUAUAUAGCCACAACACAAAGACUACUGGAAACGGCAGAGAUGAGAGUACUGAGAAGAAUUACAGGAAAUACACUGAGAGAUCUAAAGAGGAGUGAAUACAUUAGAAUAAAAUGUAACGUAUACUGUAUAAACGAAUGGACACUAAAUAGAAAAAAAGAAUUCAAUAACUACAUGAGCCGAAUGGAAGAGACCCGUGUGGUGAACAUACCAAUAGAUAAAUCACCAAUCUGUAAAAUAAGUAUCGGUCGACCGCGCAAAAGAUGGAGUGACAGCCUUCCAUUGAGAUAUGAGUCAGCCAGCCAAUUAACAAGCAGAAUUGCUUAUAAAGAGGCGAAAGAAGAAGAAGAAAUUAAGGAUCGUUUUGCAUUUAAAAAUCAUUUAUCUGAUGCAAAGUUGUUUCAAAGAAAAGAUUAUGACCAUUAUAGACAGGAACUACCUUUAGAAGAUAUUGAUAACUUUUGCAAUGAAUUUCCAAUGGUUGAAAAAUAUUUUCUGAAAUUGUAAUUUAGUUGAAUACUUUUAAAUUAAUCAAGAAGUUUCUAAGGAACACAAUAUGCCAUGAAAUUUCAAACUUCAACUAAAAGUUAAUCAAAUUAACUAAAACUAUGAAAUUAACUUAAAGUUCAGUUCCGAUAAAAUUGAUUGGAACAAGUUUCAUUUUAAGAAGUAGGCUUUUGGUAAAUACAUAUUUAUUUUUUGUAUUCUCGAAUCAGCACCCACUGAAAAAAAAUCGCCAGCCGCCACUGGUUUAAAUGCUUAUAGAUCUAAAAAAGUGAAUCUCCAUGAAAAAUGUUUUAUUAAUAGUAUAUGCCUGUAUGUCGUUUCUAAACGCAGAAACAGACGAACCGCUCUGCAGCGCCUCUCUGUGCGUCCACAAAGUGGCUUAAACAGACGAUUUUGUAGCCCCAAUGGUUUUGUAAUGGACGCCACAGUGGCGAGGAUCGGUAACAGUGGCUGGUGACAGUGACUGGUCACAGUGGCUGGCCAUUGCCGCCGAUCCUCAUCACUGUGGCGUCCAUUACAAAAUCAUUGGGGCUACAAAAUUGUCUGUUUACGCCACUUUGUGGCACCACAGAGUAGCGCUGCAGAUCAGUUCGUCUGUUUUUGCUCUAAGAACUGGAUUUCAUUGAAGAGUGCUUCCAACAACUAAAGUGUGUUUGCUGGGUGAGAUCACAAUCUCAAAAUUGUGAUCGUUCACUUUUAUCAAGACUAUUUUCGACUGUUUUACAAACAAGAAAUUCUGUAAGUUAGAACAAUGCAAUGUUAAUUACUGUGAGACCAAUUUUACUAACCUUUGUCCUUAAGUAUACUCACACCAUCAAGUCAUUAUUAGUUUCGCAACACUAAGUUUUUGUCUUGAAAUAUUUCUGAGUCAGUUCAGACUUCUUCUUUACCUUUGCUCAAAGUACUAUUUAAAAAUGAUUGUCUUAUAAUAUUGUGUAUUAUAGCAUUAUUUUUUUACUUUCGAUAAUCGUAAUGAGUAUAUAGAAAACACAUUUUUAUUGUAAAGACGAAUUUUGUUUUCCGCACAAUUUUUUUCUGCAUCUGUUCUAUUAAGGGAACAAAUGAAUUUAAGCCAAUGUUGUACAUACAAGCUUUAAGUGUUUUUAAUCGAUUUUAUAAAUAUAUCUUACCUAAAAUAUUGAUAAGUAAAUAGUGACAUGAAUGUUAAUAAACAACAUUUUUGAACAAAUUAAAAAGCAAGGCAAUAAAAAAUGAAAAAUAUUCAAAUACAUUUUUGACAAGGUUUAACUUUGAGUUAAUAAUUGUAACCCUUUUAGGCAUUCAUGAGCAGCAAACUUGUAGACAAAAUGUUAAUAUUUUCUUCCAUAUUGGAAGAAAAAAAUUUAUAUGGAAGAGAAACAUGAACACUAACAAAAAAACCAAUUAAAUAACUUGCUGGUGUGGGAACGCAAAAUCCGUAGAGGUCAGCAAAUCCGUCGAUAUGGAUCUUGCAGAAGUAGCGUGACAAACCAAUAGAGGCACAGACACAGCAACGUGUUAGAGUCUCUUUUUGGAAAGCAAAAACUGGUGAGGUAUAUAAAGGACGAUAGACUUACAUGAGCAGGACAUGUAAUACACAGUAAUGAUAAUCGCCUUAUAAACAAUGUGUCUUGGGAAAGACCAAACGCGAGAGAGUCUGUAUCUGGAAUCUGGAGAAAAUGAGAUUAAAAUAAUGGGAAGUAGUGGAACAUAACCGAUAACCAUGGAGGAAAACAAUAAUCAACCCGGCAGACUCACGAAGAGUUGUAGCGCCAUUGAUGGUGAUACAGUAAUAGUAAUUCAUUAAAUCUGUUAUUCACAUAAUAUAGUAGAAAACAACCGUAAAAUGGACCCUUGUUUUAUAUAGAAAAAUUAUUUUUUGCGGUGUCAUAAUUACUUUGAGUGAAGGACGCUCCUUCUCAUGUAUUUUUGGUCUACAUUGUGUACUCUUGACGAGUAGACUAGAAUGUAGAGGAGCUAAUGUAGACAAAUUACUGCUUCGUAGUUUGUUAUUACUUUUGAAGAGAUGAUCUUCAGUUGUUGUUGAUCUUCAGUGUUGAAGUCAACAGCAAAAUUCGUUAAGGAGAAGAAAACGGUUAGAAAAAAUACGACAGGUCUAAAACAGAGGACUAUAAGCCAAGGAGAUGUACAAGGUAGCAAAGAGGGAAGCAAAGCGCGCUGUAGCUACUGCUUAAGAAAGGUCGACUGUACAGCUGUAUGAAGAGUUGGAAAUCCGGAGGGGAUGAAAAGGUUGUACAGCAUUCCUAAAGCAAUGGAGAAGUCAUCCAAGGACUUGACUCAUGUACGGCAGUUUAAGAGUGCGGCUGAAAGGGCGUUAAGAACCGACGUUAAAUAAAGGAAAGAUGAUAUGAGCACUUUAGAAAGUUGCAAAAUGAAGAACAGCAAAGGAAACACAGAUAAUGCAGGACCCCAAAUGGGAAUGGUAUACCGGGGAUAGGGAGAGACGAGGUUGUCUAGGCGUUAAAUAUGAUGAAGAAUGAUAAGGCAGUAGGACUUGAUGAACUAUCUGUGAAUGUUUGGAAGGCUAUAGGAGAGGAAGGAAUAUUUUAUGGCAAAUGCUGAGUAGGAUACCUAUAUGAGGAAGAAAGGAUGCCCAAUACAUGGAGAGAGAGAGAGAGAAAGAAAGAGAGAGAGAGAGAGUGAUGGUAUCUUGUAUUAGAUUAUAGCUGGUAUCUUGUAUAAAGAUUAAGGGCAUUUAUGACUGUAACAACUAUAGAGUGAUAAUGAUAAAGUUAACUUCGCACAAAAUGAAAGUUUGGGAGAGAACUGUAGAGCGAGGGUUAGGAAGAGAGACGUAGAUAGAGGAAGAACAGUUUGGGUUUAUACCACGAAGGUGUAUAAGGACUUGUGUCGGAUUGAACUAAAGUUUUCCAGUGAUGGUUGGGUUUCAUGAAGGCUCUUCAUUGAGUUCCUACUUGUUUAAUCUUGCUAUGGAUGUACUGACGGAGAAGGUAAGAGAAAAGGCUCAUUGGUAAAUGCUCUUGGCAUUGUCGUGUUAGUAGAGGAGAGCAGAGAAAUAUCGGAGGAGCAGUUGCAUGGUUGGAGAAGGGCUAUUGAAAAGGAAAGAUUUAAGGUUAGCAAGUCAAAAUCGGAAUCUGUGUGGUUGGGAAGAACAAAAAUUAUUGGGCACAUAGAAUUACUUUUAGAAAAACCACGACGAGUAGGAGAAUUUAAAUAUCUUGGCGCCUAAUAACGGAAAAUGGGACACUAUAUCGAAAAAUUGCUCCCAAGAUACAGGCUGGUUGGUUUAACUGAAAGCGAAUGAGCUAGAUACUUUGUGAUAGAAAAAUCGGUCUGAAAAAAGAUCUGAAGGAAAGAUAUACAAGAGUGUGGUGAGACUUACUUUGGUGUACGGCAGUAAAGUAUGGCCUGUAAAGAAGAUUCAGAAAAAGAAGAUGGAGGUAGCUGAAAUGAAAAUGUUAUGGUGGAGGCUGAGUAGGACUAGAACGAAUAGGAUCAGGAGCGAAUUGAUUUGAGAAAGAGCCUACAGUAAAGAAAGAUUUAAGAAAAAAAGUAAUGGUUUGGUCAUUUUCGACCUAGAAAUGAGAACUAUGUGGGAAGAAGGAAAGAAGGAGAUGCAGAGGAAAAUUGAGGAGAAGAUAGAAGGAUUGUGUGGCAGGUGAUUUGAGGGAGAAAGGGUUAGGUGAAGAAGACAUGAUGAACAGAAAUGAGCGGCGAAUAAGAGAAAUGGGGAAUAAGAGAAAAAGAGACAAGCUGCGGAAUAAGAAGAAGACUAGAUGAUUACACCAUAUUCAAAGGGUUUUGAUAAACACAAUUUUGAUCAAUCUAAUUUAAAAAAAUAGUUCAGUUGUAAAGUAGAUAGCACCUUUAACAACGUAUAACAAUUGUUAACUCAAAGUUAAACUAAUAUACGCUCCUUAAAUGAACAGAUCAGUCGAUUUUGAUCACUUCCCAUUUUCAAGACAUUAAGUUAAAAAAUUCACGAAGAAAAAUAUUUAUAUAUUUAUAUUUUUAAGACGUUUUAUAUACUAAAAAUACUAGUCAACCAAUUUAUUUAUUUAUAAAGUUACAUAAUAUAUUAUAUAAAUGAAAUUUAUUUUAGAAAAUUUAUACUGAUAACCGAGGAUUUUGUAUAGCAGGCGUAUUGUAAUUUUUUCACGUUUGGUUUCUGCAUAUUAAAACAUAUCUACAAAAAAGUAUGUACAGGUAUCUGUCUUAUAAUUGAUGUCUUCUGUGAGGAAUAUUAGAUACUUAUAAGCACAUAAAUAUUUAUUUAAAAAUUAUAUUAGAAUAGUUCCUGCAAAUUGUCGUGUAAUAAACAUAGCAAGUAAUCGUAUAAAUAAUAAAAUAAAUCCGAUUAUACAUUCUGUAGACACGACUCAAGUCGCUGAAAUUCUGCAAACUAAGUUUUUUCUAAUGGUAUCUAGGAUAUUUUCAAUAUAUGGAAACGUAGAACUGAUAGAUAUAAAUAAGGUCUGCUAAAUAUAAUAUUGAUUACAUUGGUCCGCCAAUGGGAAAUUUUAAAUACAAUCAAAACAAGAAAAUUGGAAUAUCUAGAGUGGCUGAAAGACUUCGGUCGAUGGCCUUUUGGUACAUUGUAUCAAUAAGUAUGUCUCUCUCUCUGGAAUAUCUAGGACAUAUUACACGUAGACAGAGAUUCAACUUACUUCCAACUGAUUAUGCAGAGAAAGAUUCAAGGAAAAAGAAGCAUAGGUUCUUUUUCUUGAUGUGCCUAUCAGUGUCGAAUGUUGACGAUCAUCAUGACAAUUUUUAUUUUAUCUGCAGCAGCGCGGAAAAGCUGCACAGACAGAUGUUGUGUUGAACCAGGUUCUCAGGUUCUUUAACCCAUUAGCGCCCACUGUACUCAUUUAAGUACAGCAUACUAGUGCCAUAUACAAUAAAAUAGUGGCAGUUCUUAGUAAUUGCAGGAAACUAAAUACUCCUAUGAAGACAACCGUAACAGAUUUCGUUGAAUGAUUCAGCUGGUUUAUUAGUUAUGAUUUAUUGUUUAUGACGAACACAUGCGUUUUUUAUUUUCUCGACAUCGACUUUGUAAAUUUACAGUAAGUUUCUCUUAUUUACUUCUUUUUACCAUUAAGUGGUUUACGUUAGUUGAUAAUAAGUUUAGCAAAGGGCUUACGUGAUUAAUUUUUUAGAAUUUUAAUCAUAUGUGAUGUAUUUGUUGUUAAAAUUAGGUGUACUCAUAUGAGUACAAUGGGCAUAUGGGAGUAUUUUUGAUAUUUUAAUAAAAAUGUCCAUGGAAGAAAUACGAAGGUUUAACUUCAGUUUAGAAGAUAUUCGUGCUUCUAACUCUAAUAUUCGGUCUGAGGUGGAUAUUAUUAUCAUUCCUCCAGACCCAGAUAUAUUAACUGAUGAGUAAGACAUUGAGGGUAAUAACCUUAUAGAAGAAAAUUUAACACUACCUAAAGACGUUGUAGGAGAAACUGAAGUUCAUUGCUCUUCAGAUGAAGACGAAGACUUAAAGGAUGUGCCUUUGGAACUGUAUGGAAGUCGAUGGAACCUGUAGCAGAAGUAAAACGAUGGUCAACUGCUGCUAAAGCCAAAGUUGAUGUUUCUCAAAUUGCUUUAUAUAAAAAUUAUAAUAAGUCCAUGGAUGGUGUAGACUUACAUGAUCAUGAACUACACAGUUACCGGAUCGGAAUAAGAGGAAAAAAAUGGUGGUGGGUGAUUUUUACUAAUCAUAUAAACAUGACUGUUGUAAAUAGUUGGAGAUUGUAUCAGCUGACUAAAGAUCAACAAAGUAGUCUUCUUGAUUUUCAAAGAGUACUUGUAUGGCAUUAUUUAGGUUUAAUGCCAAAUCAAUGUAUAUGAAAUCUAGACCUUCUGGAAAUAUUCUGCCAUUAGGAAACAUGAAGGACACUUUCGAAAAAGAAACAGUUAAGGUAUGCUCAUUGUCAUCAAAGAGCCAUAUGAAGUUAUUGAAAGUGUAAUAUAACUCUUUGUAUUGAGAGAGACUGUUUUAAAAUUUUUCAUUUAAAUUAUUUUUUUCUGUUACAUUAUUUAUUAAGUCGCUGUAGUGACCAGCGUACUCAUUUGGGUACAUAUCUAUAUCUAAGUAAUUCUAUUCUUUUCAAAUAUAGUUAACAGUACAUUUGAAAUGAGUACAUUUGAAGUUUUGUUACAAAUCAAAUUACUAAUAGGUAAGUACUAAUGCAAAAUAUAGUAAUUCUUAAAAUUAGAUAUCGUGGGCACUAAUGGGUUAACCAGGAUGUUCUUCUUCUUUCUGGACCGCGCUUUCCAAAUAUUUUUUCUUGAAGGAUGGCUUGAAGAAGGGCACAACUGUAUUCAUUUCGCGUAGUAUGUCCAAAAGAUUCUAACUUUCGAGAUUUGGUGGUGGUCAGUACCUCUCUGUUCUUCUUAAUUCUUCUGAGGGCUUCCUCAUUUGUGACUCGGUCAGUCCACGGAAUUUUAAGAAUUCUCCGAUAUAGCCAUAUCUCAAAUGCUUUCAAUUUUCUGCACAUAUCUUCGUUUCCACGAUUCAAUUCCAUAAAAAAGGAUAGAGAAGACGUAACACCGCAACAUUCUUACUUUUACACCAAGAGAAAAGUUGUGGCUCUUGAAAGAGGCCUCCAUAUGGUUAAAGGUGGAUCUAGCUUUUCCGACGCGCGCACUGAUCUCUUGGUUGUUGGUCCAUUCUUCAUUUAUUAUGGUUACGAGGUAGUUUUAUUGCGUCACUCUUUCUACAGGAGUUUGGUUGAUAUAAAGUUGACUUCUGUUAUCCUUUUCUUGCUAAUGAUCAAAAGCUUUGUCUUCUUUACGUUUAUAUUGAGUCCAUAUUUUUGACUGUAAUUCGUGAUUUAGUUCAUAAGGACUUAUAGAUCUUCUAGGUUGUCCGCAACUACUAUGAUAUCUGUAUACCUGAUGUUAUUUAGCCGGUACCCGUUUAGUAGAAUACCUUUUUGAGUUUCGUGCAAAGCUUCCAUAAAUAUUCUUUCAGAGUAGAGAUUAAAACCUAGAAGGUACAAAAUACAGCCUUGCUUCACUCCACGCAUGAUUUUCACAUAUUCGGUGUGUUCACCUUCAAUCUGAGGUUUGCAGUCUGAUUCCAGUAAAGGUUUCUAAUUAUUUUCAGCUCUUGGUUGUUAAUUCCUGCUUCUUUUAGUAUUUGCAUCAUAGUAUUUGAAGCAUAGGUAGACGUAGAAUAUCAUGGCAGCGCCACUUGAGAGAUUGUUAUGGAUACACAGUAUUGUACAACAAAUAAACUUUUCAGACAACCGUCUCCAAAGUCCGAAUAGCUGUGAUGAUUGUAGACCUCCGUCGCGGAUAUGGCACUUGAAGAAGAGAGUUUACCAAUAUAUGGGUAAGGAAUAAUGAUGAAAAAAAAGCUGCUGUAUUAAAAUAAGAAAGGGAAAUUUAUCAGAAAAGUACUUUAAUUUGUAUAACGAGUAUUAUUUUAUUUAGGCCAGACCUAGUACAAAAAUUUAAACUUGUUAUGAGACUUAAGCAAAAGACUAAGUUGUAAAUUUUAGCGCCUUGGCUACACUGCCGUUUUAACUACCUACUUAUAUAAAUUUAGUCUAUUCCGUUUUUGGAGAAUGUAUCGUCGGAUACUAAAAAAUGUUGACUUCAUUCAUUGUGGCAACAAAUCUUUGGUGUACACAGGGGAGAACUGGAUUAAAAUGUAUGCCAAAUUUUAAUCACCAGACCAGUAUACGUUGGAUGAUGUAAUGAGAACGGAAAAAAAUUUUUUUGGAAAGUUCUAUUGGCGUAGAUGUUAUUAAACUUUAGAAAAUCAGUUAUAUUACACCAGUGUUCAAAUUAGUUCAAAAUCAAUUGAUUUUCCAAAUUUUUUCAGGUUUUCUAUUAAUCGUGUCAGUAUAUAUAUAACAGAUUCUAGUAAAAAUAUUUCUGCUACAUAGCACUAGUUCUACGUACUUUGUACAUUUCUAUUUCGUCAACUAUCAAGUAGGUAGUGCUAGUGGUAUGUGAACAACUCAAUUUGGGGUCAGAUGGUAACCUGGGCAUAAAACAUGUGCCGUAUCGUGCAUCCAUGUUUAAUUUAAUAAUUGUAGUCAAUGUUUCCAUGACUAUGACUGAUUAAGUUUAAAGGGUUUUUACCCUGAUAUUUUCAUCUGUUAUCAGAUUGAAAACUAGUUCUGCUUGUGAUGUAGCCCUUUCUAGGGAAUUUUUAUAAAUAUACUUUUUAUAAAGGAUUUUACUUGUUUUUUAUAAUAUAUGGUAUACAGCCAGCUACAGGAAAACCUUUUUCCUUGUGGAUUUGUAACACUAAAGAUUUUAUACCGAAAAUAUUAAAAAAUUUAACUAUAUGAACGACUUGAUCUUUGUAAAACCACAUCAUUUUAAAACACUGUAAGUUUAAUAAUGCAUGUGAAAUCUUCAAAAAUUAGUUGUCUUUUUGCCGUUUUUAAUUACUUCAUCUAGACGUACCUGUAUCGUUGCCCCCGUUAGCGUAAUUAUUCCGAUUCGAUUUUUUUGCACAAACUUACUCAAAAGAUGCCCUCAUAACACAUCCACGGGGUUAAAAAUUUUUUUAGAUAUUAAGUCCUUCUGAGAAAAAAAAAGUCUCGUGUCAAUUUUUUCUAAAAUUGAUUGUUGUCGAGUUAUACGCGAUUUAAAAUUUAAAAAAUGCAAAAAUGGCCAUUUUAAGGUUUAAUAACUCGAUUAAAAAUUAUAUUAUGAAAGUCAGAAAGUGAUCAAAGCAAAGUUUAAAACCCCUCCUUCAAGAACCUGAAGAAAUAUUUGUCAUUAUUUUAUUACAAAGCUGUUAUUUUUAAUUAUUAACGAUUAGCGCUAUAGUCCAGGCUGUAUCGUCGCCGCCGUUAUCGAAAAUAUUUCGAUUAGAUUUUUUUGCACAAACUUACUCAAAAAAACUGCUUAUAACAAAUACACAGGGUGCCAGUCGGUACCUUGGUCGAAAAAUUGUUUAAAAAAUGUUUUUAAACAAAUUCACAAAAGUAAUUUUUUCACUUUGACAAAUUUUUUUCUAGAUACUUUGGGUCAUUUUGAGCAAAAAAGGUCUCCCGUGAUUUUUCUCUAAAAUUGAUUGUUGUCGAGUUAUACGCGAUUUAAAAUUUGAAAAAUGCGAAAAUGGCCAUAUAACUCGACAACAAUCAAUUUUAGAGAAAAAUCACAAGAGACUUUUUUGCUCAGAAUGACCCAAGUUAUCUAAAAAAAUUAGUUGGGAGUGAAAAAUUAUUUUUGUGAAUUUGUUUAAAAUAAUUGUUUAAACAAUUUUUCGAACAAGGUGAACAAUUUUUCUUUUUGAGUAAGUUUGUGCAAAAAAUCUAAUCGAAAUAAUUUCGCCAACGGGGGCGACGAUACAGCCUGGACUAUACCGCUAAUUGUUAAUAAUUAAAAAUAACAGCUUUGUAAUAAAAUGACAAAAAUUUUUUUAGGAUCUUGAAGGAGGGGUCUUAAAUUUGCUUUGAUCAUUUUUUGACUUUCAUAAUAUAAUUUUUAAUCGAGUUAUUAAGUCUUGAAAAUGGCCACUUUUGCAUUUUUUAAAUUUUAAAUCGCGCAUAACUCGACAACAAUCAAUUUUAGAGAAAAAUCACGGGAAACAUUUUUUGCUCAGAAGGGACAAAUUAUCUAAAAAAAAAUUAGUUCGAAGCGAAAAAAUUAUUUUUGUGAAAUUGUUUAAAAAUAUUUUUUAAACAAUUUUUCGAUCAAGGUACCGCCUGGCACCCUGUGGAUUUGUUAUAAGGACCUCUUUUUUAAGGAAGUUUGUGCAAAAAAAUCGAAUCGGAAUAAUUUCGCUAACGGGGGUGACAAUACAGCCCCUUCUAAUCCUGUUACUUCAUCCAUUACUUACAUUUUUUUGAAAUGCUCAACCAGUUCACCCCUGUCAUUAAAACAGUGUUGGAAAUAAAGUGUUCGAAUUUGUAAUCAAGAGUGACAUAUUAAGUACUUUUUAUAAAAGCAGUUAAUAUGUUUUUAGUUAUUUUGAUAACUAUUUAUUGUUAUAUAUUUAGAUAGAUUCAAACUAAUUCCGGUCAAAGAACGCUAGCAGUAGUAGCUUUCGUCAUAAAAGUCUACAAGGGUAACUAUAAAUUGACGUAAAAGUAUACUUAAUAUGUGUCACAUUUGAUAUUCAUAAUAUUGUGUAGAUAUGUGUGUUUUUCUUUAUCUAAAAAUAUAGCAACAUGUUCGAGACGGUAAUAAGAUAAAUACUCCGCCCUGUAUAUAGUUCAGAUUUGUUUAUCAAAUGUUUUUAUUCAAAAUAGAAUGUUCGGAAUAAAUUAAAUAUAGAUAUAUACUGUCUAUUCUAUAAAUUUUUUAAAUGUGUUUAUUGUAGUAUUUUCCUCCCUCAUAACUGAUUUGUUUAUAUUAUGACAAGUAUGCUUUUAAUUAUUACUCAUACCAUCUCACCCAAUUUGUUAUUUGUGGAUGAUCAUCGAUACUUAUACACAAUUUUAUUGGUUUAUUUAUUAUAUCAACAUUAAUUAUAAGAAAGUUUGUUACUUCUAUGCAGACUGUCGUUAGAAAUAUAGAUUUAACGUAAA